UAACCAUAUACAGUACUAAUACUACAGUCUACAGUACUCGACUUCUAGGGGGAAACAUUUUGAUGUGGGAAUGACAUAAUCACAUUUCCUUAUUUGAACUUUAAAUCGGCCUGUUCUUUCCCAUCCGCGUGCCCCUUCUUUUCCGCUCUUUGUCAGUUCUUCUCUUUUAUCUCUUCACUUAUUUUCCCUGCAUCAUGUGUUUCUUCUAUCCCCAACUCAUAAUAUAACAGCUCUCCCUCCUCUGUUUCCAUCACAUUCCAGCUCUCUCAAUAUUAAAACAAAAACAGGAAGGUUUCAACAAGAGCAGCCUCGAAUAAAAAUCCUGGCUCUACUCUACAAAACUCAAUAUAUCUAUACUGCAUAUAUAAAGAAGUACUUCUUGUCAACAUAAAGGCAGAAGCUUAAUCACUUUGAGUUAUGGUGCAUAAUAAGAUGAGCUUAGGGCAAUGGGAGAUGACAAAUGCAACUGGAUAUGAAAGAGAGACAGAGAUGGCGCAGUGAAGAAGACGCUUUACUACGUGCAUACGUGAAACAAUAUGGACCCAGAGAGUGGCACCUUGUGUCACAGCGGAUGAACACGCCCCUAAACAGAGAUGCAAAAUCCUGUUUGGAAAGGUGGAAGAACUACCUUAAACCUGGUAUAAAAAAGGGUUCCCUUAGUGAGGAGGAGCAACUCCUUGUUAUUCGUCUUCAGGCCAAACACGGUAACAAAUGGAAGAAAAUUGCUGCUGAAGUCCCAGGCCGAACUGCCAAGAGAUUAGGUAAAUGGUGGGAAGUGUUUAAAGAAAAACAACAGAGAGAACAGAAGGAGAAUACGAAGAGUGUAGAUCCUAUUGAGGAUAGCAAAUACGAUCAGAUUCUAGAGAAUUUUGCUGAAAAAUUAGUUAAAGAUCGUCGGCCCCAAGCAUUUAUGGCUACUUCUAGUGGUGGAUUUCUUCAUCCUGACCAACCUGUUCCAUCACCUCCAGCUUUACUCCCUGCAUGGCUUUCUAAUACAAGUGCUCCUUCAAAUGCAAGGCCACCCUCGCCUUCAGUGACGCUCAGUCUAUCUCCCUCAACAACUCCGCUCCCAACUUCAGUAUCAUGGCUACAUCCUGAAAGGGGACAGGACAGUACUCCCUUAACUUUCAGCAAUAUGCCAUCACAUGGAGCGCCUCAACGAGAACAUAUGCUGGUCUCUGAACUGUUGGAAUGCUGCAGAGGAUUGGAAGAAGGGCAUAAUGCUUGGGCAGCACACAAGAAGGAAGCAGCUUGGAGAUUAAAAAGGGUAGAGCUGCAGCUUGAAUCGGAAAAGAUGUGCAGACAGAAAGAGAAAUUGGAGGAAAUUGAGGCCAAGGUUAAAGCUCUCAGAGAAGAGGAAAAGGUAACCCUGGAUAGGAUUGAAGCUGAAUACAAGGAGCAGUUGGCUGGAUUGAGGAGGAAUGCAGAAGCCAAGGAACAGAAAUUAGCUGAGAAUUGGGCUGCAAAGCACUUGCAUCUUGCCAAGUUUAUUGAGCAGAUGGCAGGUCACCAACCAAGAAUUUCUGAACCUAAUGGGAGGUAGCUGACCAAAUAGCUUGCAUCUUGUGUAGUUCACUGGGCAGAUGGGAGGUCAAAAGGUCACCAACAGAGGUUUGAUGAACAUGAUUGGAGGAAUUUAGCUCUUGUUGUCUCAGUGAUUAGUAUGGUGAUAACUGUUUCUGUUUCUUCUUGGUUUUGUGCUACUCAAGCUUUACUAUAUUCUUCAAUCACCAUUAGGUUGUAAAGUAGCAGUCUCUUUCGUUUAAUAAUGUGUUCAUUCUCUACUGAUAAUACAUAACUUAUAAUUGA